GCAUGAGGAUCUGGCCAUGUGAUUGCUCAUGGGAAUGUUUGGUGAAUGAAAGAUUCUUUAUAUGGUUGUCUGCCAGUGUAUCCCGUCGAAAUGAUGCAAUUGGCAGUCGUCGCCUCGUUGUCGAGGCUCUCCGGACUGUCAUCCCUCUCAUUGGCACACUCUGUUGUUCCGUCUGGUAGGGGGACGACGUCAGUGCGAAACCUCUUCGCCGUGUGCCGGAGAACCCCGCUUUUCUUGAGGCCGACAACGUGUUCUCGUCGUCCCGACCAACAUAUUCGGCCUUUGUGUUUGUGCAGAACGCGUUCCAGCGUGCCAGCCAAGCAAGGGCAAAUGACACGGGGGAGCCAGCCCCCGCUUUAUCGACAUGACUUCGUGGCUGUUUGCGACGACAACGGAUCUCCUCUUCCUGAUGGAGGUAGCCAAGGGCUGGCAGUCCGAGUGAUCUCCUACAACGUGCUCGCCCAGGCACUUGUUAAGAGCGAGUUCUUCCCUCACUCUCCACGCGGCUGUCUACGUUGGAAAGAGCGCUCGAAAGCUCUCGCAGAAGAGCUCGUCAAUCUGCAAGCAGACUUCUUGUGUCUGCAGGAGCUCGAUGAAUUCAAGACGUUUUACGAACCUCUCAUGAAGAAUCAAGGUUAUGCAAGCUUGUAUCAGAAGCGUCCGGGGAGGAAAAGGGAUGGGAGUUGCAUAUUCUUCAGGGAGAGCCGGUUUGAGUUGUUGGAGUCCGGCGCGAUUGACUACAACGAUCUGGUCCCUGCGGGAAUGAUUCCAGCCGGUCACCUCGAGGGCACGCUGACGCGUCGAGACUGGGAUUCAGCGCUGGGAAAAGCGGGGCAGCAUACGGAGUCAGUAGCUUUAGGAGGCCAAGCGGGCGACGAUUCUCUCAAAUCUCCAAGCGCGACAACGGCUACGACCUUUGGCAUUGAGAAGGACGGUAGGAUAAAACUUCUCCGCGACUGUGUUGGUGUUCUCGGAGUUUUCCAGGCAAAGGACAGACCCGGUGAUUGUUUUAUCGUAGCCUCUACCCAGCUUUACUGGGACCCAGAGUGGAAGGACGUGAAGAUGGCUCAAGCUCGUUACCUUGUGAAGCGUUUGACUGCUCUUCGUCAGUCUGCCAUCAACUCAUACAGAGGCACUCUUCCCAUUCUGUUGGGAGGGGACUUCAAUUCUACGCCGGGGGAUGAAGUUUAUAAUUAUCUCACUUCUGUCCCUGAUUGCUCCUUGAAUCUUCCAAGCGUGUCCGGUACGAUGGAGGUGGUGCCCAGGGAAUCCUCUUCUCUAGACGAUCCUGCUUCCACUGCUGCUGCUGCUGCUGCUGCUGCUGGCACCGUAGCCGCUUCUGCUUUGGCUGACACAGAGACCAAUGCCACUGCGACAGAGGUCAUUUCGCCAUCGAAUGAUCUGGCAUGUUCUUUGUCGGACAAAGACCCGGCUAUCGCCAACACAUCGUCAGGCGGCGUCAUAUCUAACUGUGAGAUAAGUAGGCAGGUGAUGAUGGGGAAGCUAUUCGUCAGUUCCUAUGCGAGUGCUAGUUCGGAACCACCAUUUACAACGAUCUGUCCCAAAUUUACUGGGACUUUGGAUUACGUCUUCCUCUCUCCCCCCCCUUUGGCCAGGAUCCGCCGGCUGCUUCGUGUCCCGGAGACGCCAGAUGAGGCAACUGUUAUUGGUGGAGUGCCUAACACGUUCCACCCCAGUGAUCAUUUGCCUGUGGGUGUCGAUGUGAUACUCUUUCCCAGGAAACAGCCAGGCAAUUGACCCUGAACACAGGAGAGGAGUGCGGCCAUGGAUCGGGAUGAGUGUAGAGUUCGACAUGGUUUUGGGUUAGAGUGUGGAGUGUGCUAUAUCAGCUUGGAGCAUUUCUACAUUACUGUUCACAUGCUACUUCCUGGAUGAACAUUAAUGUUCUGUCCUGUGGCUACCUGAAAAAAUAGCUUGACACGUUGUGCGUUUCCUGUCAUCCUGAAUGGAUGAAGGAGACAGGUCUAUUUUGCUAUGUACUGCAAACAAUGUUAUGUACUUGACACAAGUCUCAUGCAACGUGCAUGCAUGUGCUAGAGUUAUAUAAUUCACGAUGUUACAAAUAUUGGCAAUCAAAAAAAAAAAAAAAAAAAAAGGUGAGAGUCAUACGACUGCAGUAAGAGAUUCGGAAAAAAAGAACAACAAAGGACAAGUGCGAACACUGCGAAGAUCAUCUUUGAGAAAGGUAGAGUGCAGACCGGUUUCGAAAAAACUCUUUUGUGAGUAGUGUUCUGCAUUUAAGCUUUCACUGUGAACAUAUGAACAAACUACUACACAUGGU